AUGGCUUCGUCUUCAUACGACUAUAUCAUCGUCGGAGGCGGGGUCGCCGGCCUUGUCCUGGCGUCUCGACUCUCGAAACUCCUACCGCCAUCCGACAUGAAGCAGAUACUCGUCCUCGAAGCAGGUACCGAUCCUUCGGCCACCGAUUCCAUCCUCACAAGCCAAGCCGCGCAUCUCGCUCGCGAGUCUGUUCAUUCGUAUCAACUCUCCAUCUCGCCCAAUCGGCACCUCAAUGGACGUGGCGCAACUGUGCCGGUCGGCAAAGCGCUAGGCGGAAGUGCUGCGAUCAACGGAGGUGCAUGGACAAGGGGACCCAAGAGCGACUAUGACCUUUGGGCUAAGAUGGUGGGCGACGGCAGCUGGGGGUAUGAUGCGCUAUUGCCCUACAUGAGGAGGGUCGAGAGUAUGGUUCUGCCAGAGAAUAUUGAGAAGGAUGAAAUCCAGCAUGGAUACGAUGGGCCCUUGAAGCUCACCCCGAUACGAUCACUGUGGCCAGCAAGGAAGUAUCCACUCAGGGAGUCUGUCCAGAAGAUGUGGGAGGAAGCCGGGGUCAAGUACAUCCCUGAUGGCAAUUCGGGUCACCAGAAUGGACUGGUUGAAUUUGUCGAGGUCUGGGUCAACAGCGCUAGACAGCUGCCGAGCAAGAUAUUCGAUUUGACAAAGGUGGAUGUUCGGACCAUGAGUACGGUGCAGCGAGUCACUUUUGGCACAAUCGAAGGACAAGACCAACCCGUUGCUAAUGGCGUUGAUCUGGUGGGCGGGCAGCAUUUCGUCGCGAAUAAGGAGGUCAUUGUCUGCGCCGGGGCAUACCAUACACCCCAAGUCCUCAUGCUCUCCGGGAUAGGUGACCCUGCUGAGUUGGCAAAGCACGGCAUAGAGACCAUAACCUCGAAUCUCGAGGUUGGCAGAAACCUUACAGAUCACUUGGCCGUGGGGAUCACCUGGAAACUAAAACAUCCUGAAAAGGGUUUGUCCAUCGGAUCGCCUCUGUUCAUCGACCCGUCAUAUUUCUCCGGCUGGCCAAUGGAUUUCAUCGAGUUCGGACCAUUAGACGAACCGGCAAAACUGGAACCUUGGAUCAACACUCCAGAAGAGAGAGCUUUGGUUCUCAGACCAGAUGCAUCGCAUAUGGAAAUUGUCACACUCUACGUGGCCCUGGGGAAGAGACUCACGGGUAUUGACGCGCCACUUGACGGGAACUAUAUUAGCACCAUCGCUGGCUAUCUGACGCCCACAUCUAGAGGUUCCGUCACCCUGAGGUCAGCGAGCAUCGAGGAUGCUCCGGCGAUCGACAUGAAUUUCUUCGAUACGGAUGCGGAUAAGGUUGGUCUCCGAGAGGCGCUCCGGAAAGCGGCAUCAGUCCACCUUGACACCGAGGCUGGGAAAUCCUUCGUGUCCCAUGAAGUUACCCCAGAAGGGUAUGCAUGUAUCACCAAAGAUACGAUGGACGAGGAAAUAGACAAGCGCAUUGCCGACUUUGGAUAUAGUUUCGAUCACCCGAUGGGUAGCUGUGCGAUGGGGAAAGCUGUAGACAGCCAUUGUCGUGUGAUGGGCGUCAAAUCCUUGAGGGUUGUCGAUGCCAGUGUUUUUCCGAUCCCCAUGGCGUGUCAUCCUCAGUCUGUGGUUUAUGUGACGGCUGAGAGGGUUGCGGAUUGGAUCAGUCAGGGGGAUCAAUAG